AUGGCAGCUGUACAGGGGAAUGCCGGUGGUACUAGCAGCAGCAGUGUCGAGGCUGCUGGUGCUGCUGCUGGCGAUUCGGUGGAUGGGGAUGGAAGUGAAUCGGUGGUUCCGAGCGUGCCAGUGUUGCAAGUCCCACCCGAGAGUGAAGCCUCGAUCGACGUUGGGAAAGGCAAAACCGUGAAAGUCACACUCGAAGAGCCUAUGGAGGGCAAAAGGAGGUUGACAUCUUGGACGUGAAACUUUGCGAGUAGAUCCAGCCCGUCCAUCAACGGGA